AUGAAGGUAUACGCUAGUCUAUGGGAUGCAAAAGACCCGGCCACAAGAGGCGGCCUUGUCAAGACUGACUGGUCACAGUCUCCCUUUACUGUUUCCUUGAGAAAUUUCAAGGCCGAUGCUUGUGCAUGGAGCUCUGGGAAAUCUUCUUGUGGAUCAAACUCCACAAAGCCAUGGUUCUCUCAGGAACUUGAUGCCACCAAUCAAGCCAGACUGAAACGGGUGCAGCAGAAUUACAUGAUAUACAAUUAUUGUACAGAUGCCAAACGUUUUCCUCAGGGCUUCCCUCCAGAAUGCACCGCCAACAACUCCACAGCCUAA